AUGUCACUGCCUCGUUCAUUAUCUCCAAUCCAACAACAACCAAAACGUGCCUUUUCUAUGGACCACAAGAAGGAUGAUGAAACUCAGGACGAAAGUGAGGGAUCAACGGAAGAUGAUAGCAAUGAUUCGGCUAUAAAAGACGAGGUAGUAGAGGAGCAAAAACAAGACGAGGCAGUACAAGAGCAGAAUACUGUAGUUGAACAAAAGCAAACUAAGAAUACAUGCUCCAGAGUUUCUGCACCAAAAAUUUACUGCAGUCUAGCUUCAAUAGGGGUUCGUCCAGAAAUGAUGCAAGAAGCAACCAAGGAAUGUUCACAUAAUAUUGUUGAUAGUGGACAUUUGAAUGAAAAGGAUGGGAAGAUUUAUGUUGAAAAUUAUGACGUUGAGAUAAAUGGAUUGAAAAAUGUAUGUUAUUCAUUUUUAAUUCUAAUUGUAAGGCACUCUCUAAUUGAAAAGCGCUUAGCAAGACACUCUCUAACAGAAAGCCAUCUCUAA